AUGACAAAAUCGUUAUUAGAGUUCUUUUCCAGUCCACCUAGUAGUGGUAAUAACCCGAUUUGGCCUUCACUUUAUUGGCCUCCAUUCUCGUAUAAAAUAAUACUUAAUAAUGCACCAGAAAUAUGGUUAUUUACAGUAUUGUGGACUAUAAUAUUUUUUACCGUGAUAUACGGUUUAGCUGGAAUAUGGGCUUGGUUUGUAUUUCAUAAAUAUAGAUGGUCAUUCUUGGUUCCAAUUGGGUUUGUUACUGUCGCAUUAUUAACUGGUUUCGUGAGCGGAACUACUGUCGGGUUAGUAUUAGCAGCUAUUUACACAUUUGGUUCUUUUAAAAUAUCAGUUUGGAUUCCAUUUUUAUGGGGUUUAAUACAAGCAUUGAUUCUUCUUAUGGGGUGUUAUUCAACCAUCACAACUGUUCUAUAA